AUGGGUAUGGAGGGUCACCACACAUAUGGUGUAGGGUUUUGUCCAGGGGGAUAUCCUCAUCAGAGCCCUGCAGGUGGAAGUUAUCCAUCUGGAGGGCAGUAUCCAGGUCAAGGGCAUUAUAAUCCUGGUUGGUAUCCCAAUCAGUACCCUGCAGGUGGUAGUUACCCCAACCAGUAUCCUGGAAAAUUCAACCCUGAAGGAUAUCCAGUGGGUGGUGUCUACCCAGUGAGAACAGCAGGACACACUUCCUGGGGACAGCCAGGAGGAUUCCCAGGGGGCUAUCCAUCCACAGGAGGAUCAUAUCCUAACUGGAAUCCUCACAACAAAAUCCUUAGUCCUCGCUAUGGAGGUGGAUUUGGGGGUCCAGGGUAUGGAAUCGAUGGCUCCUUUUUUUCAAAAUUGGUUCAUAAAACGGGCUAUGAACCAACUCUGGAGUCCAAAGGCUUUGCCAAAAAGGCAGUGCUGGCAGCCGGACUCGGGACAAUGACAGGGAUGGCUGUAGGGUGUGGCCUGGGUCAAUUUCCGCAGCCACACUUUCACUUCAGAAGUCGCCAAGAGGAGUAUUACUACAACUAUUACAUGCACUGCCACUAUGGCAUGAAAUCUAACGAUGCAAAUGACCAUAGACGUGACUACACAUUUAAGCCACCGCCUCAGGCCCAGACUUAUGAAACGUACAUGGAUGAAUGCAUGAACAGAACUGACCUCUUGCAAAAACAUGAUGCAAAGGUUAGUAGCCUCCAGGGGAAUUACCCCAUAACUGUUUCCAAUGGCAGUUCUGGGAGAGUUGGCAAUGCUGAGAAUUGCACAUCCAAGGUUCCAGUACCUGUUGAGCUCCAAGAUAGUGAUAACGAUACAGUGAGCAUCACAGGAAUUGGUUACCCUGCACUCAUAGAGCAAAUGAAGACUCAGAAACGUGUUGAGCUCUACAUAUUGUACUUGGGGAGCUUCCUGCAGAAGCAGAUACAACAACCUCCUGGCAAUCACAGUGACCCAAAUGGACAUUCUGGAUUUUUUGUACUGCUCAUGACUGCUGUCAUAGCUCUCAGCAGCGCCAUCUUGCUGGAGUGA